AUGGCGGACCUGUCCAAUGACGAUUCGAGUCGACGGUACUUUAUCGACGACGAUGAAGAAACUCUUUCGCUAAUGUUAUCCACCGAGGCCAAGGGCGACUGGACUGCUCGGCUGGAAGGACUCGAAGCGCGCUUUCUGCUAGACCAUCGCGGUGAGGGCCAGCCAAAUCAUUGGGAGCCCCUGGUCCGAUCGGUUCAAGAUCUCGGGUUCAAUACUUCUUACGAACAUCAUUACGUGCAGAACACAUUAAAAGCGGAUUCUCCCGAUCCUGGUACUUUUCCCGUUGCCUUUGCCUCAGACGACGGCAAGCUCCAUCUCAAAGCCACAGCGUCGGCACUCCAAGUGUCGCAAACAGCAGCGAUCCAGAUCACCUUGAGUGCGAUGCGAUCGCUGGCCUCUUCGCAGUCUUCCAACACUAAAGAAAACCAGGCAGAAGCCUCGUUUCAGUCGCUUUUGGGGACCCGAAUCUUUUUGGAAAAAGUGUUGGACUAUUACUUGCACCAACGAGUCGCUCGGAUUGCCGCCAUGGCUGAGUGUCUUCGAAUCGAACAAAGACAAGAUUCCGACCAGACCCCCGUUCCCGCCCCGCUAAGUGAGAUGCUCGAUAGACUUGAUAAAGGCACCACGCAUCGGACCAGCAAUAGGGGGCUCUUUUGUCUCUUCUUGUCGAUUGCCUGUCGUCCGGAGGAGACCCCGUCACUCCAACGUUGGUUGCCGUGCCAAUCUCUCCGCACAGUUACGACAUCGAACUCGCAGUACAGCUCACAGCAGCGGCUUUCCGAUGACGAAGGUACUUGGAAACAAUUCUUGACUCAUGUUCUGGAUCUCCAACGUGCCGCCAUUCAACGAGAGCGGGCUGAAGCCUUGGAAGGACUGCUCGUGCUCCUGUACGAACGUAUUGCCAACGGUGUAAGCCGGUCCGAUUGGGCGUUGGUGCUCGUGGGCUUGCAAAAUAUGGACAGUUUCUUUACAGGUCAUCGGUUUCAGUCGUACCCCCGUUUGCCCCGGGUGGCGGCAUUGAUUGCUGCCGAAUGUGUUGGGCUGUGGCGUGUUCUGGAGAGUUCUUGGGAUCCAUAUUCCCACCCACUCUUGGCUGAAUUGCAGUCAAACACAGCACAAGAGGAACUUCAAGCACUCACGUUGUUAAUGCGAAAGCUCGCAACCCAAGCCGCCGAUCGUCUACGGUCUUCUUCGGCUCUUCACGAAGUCCCAGAAGCUUUGGCCGUCUUGCCCUUUGCAGUGCUGCUGCGUUUGACGUACCAGUUUAUGUCGAAUUCCAACACAUCGACUUUGAGUAGUGCGAGUUCCUUUUGUCAAACUUUCGCCGACACUAGCAUGGAGCUAGCCACUGUUGCCAACGAUCAAUGUGACGCUCUCAACUAUUUUUACCUCGUCAUGGAGGAAUUGGUGGAAGCUGCACCUGUACCAGACCCUCUCUCUACCACAGAGGACACUAUGCCAUCCGAUAGUUACGCUGCGUACGACCAGAUAUCAGGAUAUUCGAAGGAAAAAGUGGACGGAGAACUGACAGCGCAGAGUUUGACGUACGCCAGCAUCGGACGCGAGAUUCUGGGGGGUAUUGUGAUGGCAUUUCAAGAUACAAUUCUUACCAUCGACACAUCGAUGGGAUCGGAAAAUAUUGGCGUUUUAUGCAACCUCGCCGCAGUGGUCUUUCGCAAUAGCCCUAUCCUGUGUGCGCAAUUUUGGAACGAUUGGAAUGUGUACACUUCACCUGGAUCCGCGAGGUAUGCGUCGCCCUUUUGUCGAGUCAUGGAUACUGCCUUCACCGUCGCCAGCAGUGCUCCGGCAGUGACAACUCAUUUAUCCGAAGUACAUGCUUUGCAAGCGGGAUGGCCACUGUUACGUCUCGUGUCCUCAUUGGUACACAGUGCGGACGUUACAGAAGCGGCCUUGACUUCGGUCUUGCCACUGGGUUUCAUUCGCGAAUUGCUGCAACUCUGUACAAAACCUCUGGAUGAAGCCUUGACUUGGUGCCGAGAUGUCGUUUUUGACUCAGUCCAUACGCUUUCCUGUAUUGGCAACUCGGCCAGUUGUCGUACUUUGUUGCGAGAAGCGCUAGGGAAUGGUAUGCACUUUUCGCUUUCCGGACCGCGUUUGUUGGUUAAGUGUUCUUCUCUAAGUGGAGGAGAUAGAACCCACACGCAAAUAGCACUGGGAAUGCUUUCGUAUUUGUCGACCGAUGCACCAGAAGAGUGGAUAUUGGAUGUAGCCGCAUCACUCAGAGAGCUGCAGAAGAACACGAAAGUGCAGGGGUCAGGUUCUUCUGCGGGUGAGAAUGCUUCGACGCAGGCGAGAGCGGAAAUUGUUGCUUGUCUCGUACGCAACAUGAGUAGAGUUAUGUUCUGUUCAAAAGCAAGUGAAGCACAGAAACUUGAUUUCUUAUGCGUUAUUGCUGAAAACAUGCAAACUUUGUCGGCCGCCUUAUCUGCGUCGCUGUCCUCCACAUCGAAACAGCUGUUUGGCGGGUAUAUCCUGUCCUAUCCAACGGCCAAAACAAUCAUGGAUUGUUUGUGCAACUUGCUGAAUCAUCUCCGACCUAUUCUAGAGUUGCACAAGUUGUCAUCGAUCAAAGAGUCUGCGCUGGCUCUGCGGAACAGUACAAUCACGGCUUUAGUAUCAAAUCAAGGAUUGGGGAAAGCAGUCAUGUACUAUGCUACAGCACCGGUGUCGCUCAACCUUCUUUUGACGCUAGACUCUACCGUACGUGAUAAACCCAUUCUUCAAGCCAUGCAAGAGACGAGUGCAAAACAAUCAAUUCUUGGCAUAUUUGCGGGUGAGGCGGGAUUGUCAUACCCUUUGAUGAACCCAAGGGUGCAUCAACAAUUGUCGGAUUUACUGCUUCAUAUUGAAUUUCUCGGUUUCGAUCCCGACACGAUUCAGGCGCGUGGGUGGCUGCGUAGCGAUCCUGCAAAAUCUCUGUUUGAAGCAUGCGCGAGUGCAUUGCGCUUGCUUGUUCAGUGGGCACGACAUGCGGAAGAUAUUGCGGCAAAUGGAGAUGUGGAAUGGCAUGAGGUAGGAGCACUUGGGCCCAGUUGGCUUCUAGUAGAAUCGGCUUCCCUCCCUCCUGAUAACCGCGCGGCGACAGGUCUGUCGGAAACAUGGGUGUCUUCCUCGAUCCCAAAUAUAUCUCUUCUAUUGCGUUAUAUCUGUAAGGACGAAGCAAAACAAAUACCUGUAUCUGUUUCCGCUCUUACAUUUGAUCUCUUGGUACAAAGCUUGGAACAUUCGAAGAUGUCCCUAUUGGAAAAAAGUAUACCGUAUGAAGGUAUCUUGGCAUUUGUGAACAACUCGGAAUCGUUCAGUCGAACCCUACAAGGCUUCGUACCAAAUAUCUUGCGUCUCUAUAAAGAUGGUGGACUCGGUAAGGUGGAUUUAGAGGUAGAGGUAGGCCAGGGUCUGCUAGGUUUGCAGCUCUAUGCAACCUGCAUCGACCUAGGACUGUCAACUGCCUCUGAUGAAAAUAGCGAGUCAAACCCCAUCGCGACUUUGGGCGCUAUCAUGUCGGAUACAACCGACUAUUUGAAAAGAGCCGGCCAAAGCUCGGCAAAUCUCCCGGCUGAUCAUGGAGCCAUCGACAAGCUACGUAUUGCUCUCGAAUCAUUGAAAGUGCUACGGUCUAUGCAUCGACGCUCAGAAACUUCAUCCAAAGAUUUAGACGCGGAUGCAGUCGCUAAUGGUUGGGCUGAUUAUAUUACACAUGACGAUACGAUACUACCAUCACUGGUUUCGCUUAUUUUCGACCAAGCCAAACUUCAGGUAACUGUCGUGGGCCGCGAAGAUGACUCUGUGCAGCAUACCAAAGCCUUGAUAGUAGGUGUUACUGCGGUUGCCUUGGACGUACUUGGACUCGAAUUCAGCCGGGUUGAAAAGAGAAUCGAGCGGUUGGACCUUCAAUUGCCCCUCUUUCGUGCUCUCGAGAGAUGCAUGGAGCAAGAUUUCUCAAACUUAGCGAUGAUCACGAAGCCGUUCGUUUUAAUUCGCUGUUUUGCGCCACUACCUUGGGGAAGCUCAAUGGAAUCAGGAAGCGAAAAUGGAUCGUACCCUCCUCCUCCACUGUCAGUUCUGCAUCUUUUUUCAAAGGGAACCUGUAAGCCUGACAGAACUGAAGUAGGUCAAAAGGAUUCUUUUGACGUUUUUGCUGCUUGUCAGUGGCUUUCUGCUGCAUACUUGACAUGCACCAGAUCGUCAAUUAAAUGUUAUGACACGCUUAUGCAGGCGAUGCUUCGGUAUGAACUGUUUUCAAGCCAAAUAGAUCGUCUUGUGAGUUGGUCGAAGUUUACGCAAUCGCUUGUCAGAGUGACGAGGCGCUGGCGAUGCGAAUCUACAAAUUCCCCACUGUUCUUGAUGAAUGACGAAGCGCUUUCUGUCUCCAUUAUUACCGAUGUACUGAGCUCGGUGGACGAGAAUAUUGACCUGGUUGACGUCAGUCCUACUUCAACUAUAGCCCACCCUAGAUCGUAUUGGCAUCUGGAGCGAAUGGCGAAGGCGUCAUCUGACGCGAUUCUUACUCUUUACUGUGCUAGGAAGGACAAAUUUUCGAAGGGUGCAUUCUCCAACAAAUUCUUUCGGCUAUUGAGCGCAACGACAAAGAAAAUGUUUGAGAUUUUGAGAAGCCGCCCAAAGGUUGCGUGCUCAAUUUGCCAAAAUUUCGCUGCCUUAGCGGCGGCCAUUGUACCCGAGGCUGAAAAAAUUGCAGCGUCAAGAGAUCGACCCAAUUCUUCUCCAUAUAUCGAUCCGAAGGUUGAAUUAGCUGUGACGGCGUGCAAGAUGAUUGAGGCGAUGGUAAACGUGGAUAUUCCUGACAAUGGCUAUCAGUCUAAUACUAUGCGCCUAAGUUGCCUGCAUUCUUCUGUUACAUUGUUGACGACCCUUGUCUCCUCUGUCCAUGGUAGAGACGGCAAUGUACCACAACGCUCGAAUAUUUCCGCAGAAAGUCUGAGUCGGACUUUUGUCGAUCAUGAUGUUCUUCGCUCUCUGUCGCAGCAGCUAGAAAACAUGAUGAGCGGAAGCUUUUCUCAGAGCAAAGUAAAUGAACGAAAAGACAAGUCUAGGGCUAAUUGUACUCUACCCUUGGCAAAGGCAAUGCUUGAGCUUCUCAUCGCCCUUGCGUCGAGCGGCAACGCAACUAUGGUAUCGCUUCUCGUCAGCAGCAAAGUGCUCUCCUGGCUCUCAGUAUUACCUAGCUCUAUGGACUCCACGACAAGAAGCCCCUCGAUGUCAUACCAUGGGUAUAGAGCUGACACCCAACAGUCCUUAAAAUAUGAAUCACAAUCGGCUCGGGCGACUCAAGAAGACCCACUCCAUCAGGUCUGGAUGCGCACGUUCAUACUAUUUGCAGCUCUUGUUAGGUCUUCAAGCACGAUCAUGCUUCACGGGGAUACUUCUCCCUUUCAUUUUUGCAGUAUCGCAAUAGACUUCCUGAAAUUGAACAAGAAUAUUGUGUCAAGCUCACUAAAUUUAUCCAGUACCUUUCUCGUUGCUCCGAAGUCGAAACCUGUUACUCUAGCCAUUCUCCGAGAAUCUGCUUCGAUUCUGUUCUUAUUUGUUGAGCUCUUUGGCAGAGAUGUGAUCAACUAUUUCAAAAAUACCGAACCAGAUUUUUAUGAUUGGAUAGUUCAUAAGUGUUCUUCGCUGAUGAUCAAUCUUUCAAGCUUUCUGGGUGCUUCAGCAUCCGCAAGAGAACUAUUUCAAGCAUUAUUGUACUUUGAAUCCGCCUCGUUUCCUGGAAAUGGAAUGUCCCAUCGCCCGGGUCCAAUGUCUUCGUCAAAUGGCUUGUUAUCUGAUGGUUUCGCGAGUGCCAAACACGAAGCUAUUCGGUAUUCACAUUUUAUAUCACAACGAUAUCAAGCGUCCUUGGAACGAACUUGCCGUGCCUCAGUGACUAGUGACUUCAUGUCCCAGUUAGAAUUCCAAGCGGCCUUCUGCCUUUUAUCUGCAGGAACUAUAGUCUGGAGAACGCAUCCGGCGUCUUCCUCGUUCGUGAUGCUUUCGGAUAAGGAGGCGUUCCACCUGGACUCGAUGUCUGUUGUGAAGGUAGGGAUGGAUAUUGCUUUCCGCAACGUGUCUGAGAUGCAAACAGGAGCUGCAGCGGGAAAAACUGGAUUCGGCAGAGUGGUGGAUAUCAACACAAUGGAUUGUGUGUGGGAAGUUGUUCUGUUAGACUUACCUGAAGCUAACCGUGGGGCGAGCAUAUUUGUACGGCCUCACCAGCUAGCUGGAAUUGAAGAUACAUCCAAACGAACGUGCAUGUUUGCUUACAAACCCGCUCCGGGUAGUUCCUCCGAGCUCAAGAUGGAUGACAGUUCCUUAUCUCUUGGAAAUAUCAUUCUUGGCUUACGGUGGUGCGAGCAGUUUUACAGCAAACCCAUUUCUCGGCAAGCAAGCGAAAGUGGAUGGAUUGCGCAAAGGCUAGCUGAGUUGUUGACUGCUCUUCUCGGUACCGAAAUGUCAGUGCGCAAGAUAACUAAAAUGCACGACAACUCUACCAAUAGACACAAUGGGAAGAUUUUGGCCGCUCAAUUGACAGAUCUCUAUGGAGAAGAAACCGACAGUGACAGCAACGCAAAUAGCGUAGAUUGGAUGGACAAGCGCGGCGCUGGUCGAUUGAAGGGUUUACUGUCCCAACAAACAUGGACAGCGAUCCGUAAGCAGCUCCAAAGUGAAUUAGGGAUUGCACGCUGCGACAAAGAAACCAAUCGGGUGGCGCAUCCGUUCUGUUGAUGUUAUGGAAUUACUGUUCAUUUAUAGAUUCAAAAACAUAUCAC